CAAAAGUGAAGCUCUUGAACAGCCAGCAAUCCCAGAAGUCACGGGGGCACCUUUAUCCUAUCAGUCCUUCUCCCAUUUCCUCCUUCUUCAAUCCCCCGAAGACCUUGAUCCUUGAAGGCGCAAAGUCCACAUCUGCUAGCCGCCGCGCGCAGGAUAUCCUGCAUCCCAUCCAAGAACCAUGGCCGUCGUAAUAGAAGACAAAUCGACAUCAUCACCGCUGUCCUUCCUGACGGAUAAUGUCAUCUCGGCAGCCAUCACAGAUACAUACGCGAGCCUGCAGGAACGGAGGAAACUGUUAGGUCUGGAGAACCCUGGCACGGUUGACAACAUCGCGCGAGAGGUCCAGAAAGAUGUCCUCCUAACCAAUUUCAUGUUCUCUGGCCUGCGAUGUGACCUGCAGAAAAUCUUCAGUGUGAAUCCGCUGUUCCGACUACAACAUGGCUUUGCAAUGGGCUCACAAGCUCUCCCGCCGUGGCAGUUGAUGGCCUUGUAUGGCAAUUCAAGUGUUUUCAUGCAAGCUGCCUACUCGAGCGACAAGUCAUUGACGGCAUGGGGCAACCUAAGAUGGACUCCAAGGUUCGUUACAAAGACUCAAACCUCGAUCGACCCUCGUCAAGCUCAGACCAUGGUGCAAUUUGACAACGAAUAUACUGGCGAGGAUUUCUCGGCCUCGGUCAAGGCUAUCAGCCCCUCGAUGCUCGAAGGCGGUCUCACUGGUAUCGUCAUUGGAAGCUACCUGCAGUCCCUGACACCACGUCUCGCGUUAGGUUUGGAAGGUGUAUGGCAGCGAGCUGCGCUGAACUCAAAACCCGAGACAGCCGUGUCCUACUGCGCAAGAUACAAGGGAACAGAUUGGAUUGCUAGUGCACAAUACCUGGCUCAAGGAUCAUUGGGGGCAUCAUACUGGCGACGACUGACGGAAAAGGUCGAGGCUGGUGUUGACUGUCAAUUGCAGUUUGCUCCAGGGCUUGGUGGUGCUGGCAUGUUCGGAGGUAUUCGACGCGAAGGAACAACCACAGUUGGCGUCAAAUACAGCUUCACAACCUCGGUCUAUCGCGCACAGGUCGAUAGUGCCGGCAAGUUUGGUGUGGUUCUGGAAAAGCGGGUUGCACCCCCAGUUACUCUGACAUUCGCUGCUGAAAUCGAUCAGUGGAAGAAUACCCACAAACUCGGUCUCGCGGUGUCUCUCGAGGGCGCACCAGAAGAAUUACAAGAGAUUGCCGAAAGAUCGGAGAAUGCCAAUGUUUUGCCUCCGCCCAUCUAGACUGUGAGCACCAAGUCUGGAUCCGGGCUCUCUUCCUCUCAGGGCCAACCAUGGAUUCCGCCAUGUGGCAGAAAGUUUCACACCCGACAUUAUUCGACAUUGUUUUAUCACUCUUCACUCCUGAGCAGGCCCUGACAAGACGUCACUCUCCCGUACAGAGUACUUGCAUCUUGUUCCUUGAUGAGCGGAAAGGAGAUUCUUUGCAGGCGUUCUGACGUUGUUGUGACGUUGGCAUCACCUUGAGGAGAGAAAAGUAGGGAUGAUCUGUGCUGGCAUUGUUUUGACCAGCAUCACUUCUGUACAUGGGAUGGAUCACGAAAACCCCUGAUGGCGCGCUUCGAACAGCAGCGCUGAUGGAUGAAGCAGAGAUUCUAACAUAUUGCAUAAUAGAAGGCUUGUAACAACAACAUGGUGGUUUUCUUUCCCUGAA